AUGUCUCGUUUCUCGGUUGCGUUGUCGAUUGCCCUGGCUUUGAUGGUCCCCAGAAGCCAAGGCAUCCCAAAAUUCGAGGUCUCGUCGCUAUCGGAAGCGUCUCUUGUCAUCCGAAUGAUCGAGGCGACAAACGUGACGAGCUACGACAUCACCGUGCAAAUAUUCGACUUGUCCCGACAAAAAUUGUACAGGAAAACACAAUUGGAACGCGUGACGAAUGAUCAGCUCCUUUCGUUUGACGGCCUCAAAUCGAGCACAUGGUUCGCAAUUCGGAUAGAAUAUCGUCUUAAUUUCGACGACGCCGGCGGCGGAGGGGUUGAUAAGGCGCUGCGGACAACCAAACAGGAGAUGGUAGUCAAGACGAAAUCGUCGAGUCGCGAGGAUCCGAACAAAAUCGAUCAGAUGGUCGCGUUCAUUGAUGAUCUCUUUGUCACCAAGGAUAAUAUUUAUAUAGGUGUCGGAUCGGUUUUCAAGGAGAUCAAAAAGAUUUCCACCGUAAUCGUGCCGGAACUCCGAUGUUCCAAAGGUGUUCUCAGCCCCGUCUCACAGCAAGUCAUUCAACAUGCCAGUUUUCAUUUCGAUCUCUCGAAAUUGCCGAAAGAAGAUCGAAAAUGUAGCGUGAUCUGUGUAUUCCCCUACCUUCGAAUUACCAUCGAUCAGUCGCGUACCGAGACAUUCCGCGCCAAGGAGUGGUGCGGCAGCGUUGAUGAAGCACGUCACAUGCUCACUACUUCCGCAAGCUUCUCGCCACAACUGCUCAGCGUAUUCCUUAUAUUCUUCAUUUUAUUAUGA